AGUGUGUGGUCAAUACUCAGAUUGUAUUAACAUCAUUGGGAGUCACAUAUGUUCAUGCUGGAGUGGAUUUAAUAGCUUCAAUAAAGACAGUCCUGUGAGCCGUAACAACUCAUGUCAGGAUAUAAAUGAAUGUCUGUUCAGUCCUUCUGUAUGUGGUCCAAAUUCCAUCUGCACAAAUCAGCUGGGAAGUUACAAUUGCUCAUGUCUGGAUGGAUUCACUGCAACAGUUUCAAGUUUCCCCAUCAGCAACGAUAACACAUGUACAGAUGUGAAUGAAUGUCUUGAGACACCAGAGGUCUGUGGUCCAAACUCUUAUUGCACAAACUCAAUUGGGAGUUACAACUGUUCCUGCUUGAGUGGAUUUACUGUAACAAAUAGCAGUGAAGCAGUCAGCACCAGUAACACAUGCAAUGUGACUCUACCUUUGACUGAGUAUCUGAUUGAAAUCCAGAUCAAUAGCAUGGACAGUAGCAUCACUGAUCAGCUGAGGAACCUUCUGAUGUUUUUCAGUUUGCCCUACACAAUCGGUGACAGCACUAACAUUACAGAAAUCAACAUAACUACUGUGUGUUCUCUGAAUGAAACUCAAUAUCAGUGUAAGUGUGAGGGUCUGUUUGUUUGGCUGAAUGACACGUGUCACUCAUACGAGGCCUGUGAUGACAUCACUGAUGGUUCAUGUACAUGUAUCAAUGCCCUUCCAAUCGACGGACAGUUCUGCCAAGUUCUACCUUCUAAGUACGUGAUUGACAUUGAUGUGAGAUUCUUUGACUUGUUCCUGGUGGACUACUUACGGAAAAUCGUCAGAAAUAUCAGCCUGCCUUUGACUCUGAGAAACAGCAUUAAUAUCACAGAUAUCGACAUGACUACUGUGUGUGGGUUAAAUGGAACAGAAUAUAAGUGCAACUGUGAGCAGAAUCAUGUUUGGCCCAGUGACACCUGCCGGGCCUAUCAGGUGUGUGAUGGCAUUGUGGGAGGCACUUGUGGAUGUAUUCAAGCUCUUCCUUCAGAGGGGCCACUUUGCCAGAGAGACAUCAAUGAAUGUGAAGAUGCAGUGUCAGUGUGUGGUCAAUACUCAGAUUGUAUUAACAUCAUUGGGAGUCACAUGUGUUCAUGCUGGAGUGGAUUUAAUAGCUUCAAUAAAGACAGUCCUGUGAGCCGCAACAAUUCCUGUCAGGAUAUAAAUGAAUGUCUGUUCAGUCCAUUUGUAUGUGGUCCAUAUUCCGUCUGCAUAAAUCAGUUGGGAAGUUACAAUUGCUCAUGUCUGGAUGGAUUCACUGCAACAAACUCACGUCUCCCCAUCAGCAUCAAUAACACAUGUAGAGAUGUGGAUGAAUGUCUAGAGACACCAGAGGUCUGUGGUCCAAACUCUCGUUGUAAAAACUCAACCGGGAGUUUCAACUGUUCGUGCUUGAGUGGAUUUACUGUAAAAAAUAGCAGUGAACCAGUCAGCACCAGUAACCCAUGCAAUGUGACUCUACCUUUGACUGAGUAUCUGAUUGAAAUCCAGAUCAAUAGCAUGGACAGUAGCAUCACCGAUCAGCUGAGGAACCUUCUGAUGUUUUUCAGUUUGCCCUACACAAUCAGUGACAGCACUAACAUUACAGAAAUCAACAUAACUACUGUGUGUUCUCUGAAUGAAACUCAAUAUCAGUGUAAGUGUGAGGGUCUGUUUGUUUGGCCGAAUGACACGUGUCACUUAUACGAGGCCUGUGAUGACAUCACUGAUGGUUCAUGUACAUGUAUCAAUGCCCUUCCAAUCGACGGACAGUUCUGCCAAGUUCUACCUUCUAAGUACGUGAUUGACAUUGAUGUGAGAUUCUUUGACUUGUUCCUGGUGGACUACUUACGGAAUAUCGUCAGAAAUAUCAGCCUGCCUUUGACUCUGAGAAACAGCAUUAAUAUUACAGAUAUUGACAUGACUACUGUGUGUGGGUUAAAUGGAACAGAAUAUAAGUGCAACUGUGAGCAGAAUCAUGUUUGGCCCAGUGACACCUGCCGGGCCUAUCAGGUGUGUGAUGGCAUUGUGGGAGGCACUUGUGGAUGUAUUCAAGCUCUUCCUUCAGAGGGUUCACUUUGCCAGAGAGACAUCAAUGAAUGUGAAAAUGCAGUGUCAGUGUGUGGUCAAUACUCAGAUUGUAUUAACAUCAUUGGGAGUCACAUGUGUUCAUGCUGGAGUGGAUUUAAUACCUUCAAUAAAGACAGUCCUGUGAGCCGCAAUAAUUCCUGUCAGGAUAUCAAUGAAUGUCUGUUCAGUCCAUCUAUAUGUGGUUCAGAUUCAAUCUGCACAAAUCAGUUGGGAAGUUACAAUUGCUCAUGUCUGGAUGGAUUCACUGCAACAAACUCACGUCUCCCCAUCAGCAUCAAUAACACAUGUAGAGAUGUGAAUGAAUGUCUUGAGACACCAGAGGUCUGUGGUCCAAACUCUCGUUGUAAAAACUCAACCGGGAGUUUCAACUGUUCCUGCUUGAGUGGAUUUACCGUAACAAAUAGCAGUGAACCAGUCAGCACCAGUAACACAUGCAAUGUGACUCUACCUUUGACUGAGUAUCUGAUUGAAAUCCAGAUCAAUAGCAUGGACAGUAGCAUCACUGACCAGCUGAGGAACCUUCUGAUGUUUUUCAGUUUGCCCUACACAAUCAGUGACAGCACUAACAUUACAGAAAUCAACAUAACUACUGUGUGUUCUCUGAAUGAAACUCAAUAUCAGUGUAAGUGUGAGGGUCUGUUUGUUUGGCCGAAUGAUACGUGUCACUCAUACGAGGCCUGUGAUGUCAUCACUGAUGGUUCAUGUACAUGUAUCAAUGCCCUUCCAAUCGACGGACAGUUCUGCCAAGUUCUACCUUCUAAGUACGUGAUUGACAUUGAUGUGAGAUUCUUUGACUUGUUCCUGGUGGACUACUUACGGAUUAUCGUAAGAAAUAUCAGCCUGCCUUUGACUCUGAGAAACAGCAUUAAUAUCACAGAUAUCGACAUGACUACUGUGUGUGGGUUAAAUGGAACAGAAUAUAAGUGCAACUGUGAGCAGAAUCAUGUUUGGCCCAAUGACACCUGCGGGGCCUAUCAGGUGUGUGAUGGCAUUGUGGGAGGCACUUGUGGAUGUAUUCAAGCUCUUCCUUCAGAGGGUUCACUUUGCCAGAGAGACAUCAAUGAAUGUCAAGAUGCAGUGUCAGUGUGUGGUCAAUACUCAGAUUGUAUUAACAUCAUUGGGAGUCACAUGUGUUCAUGCUGGAGUGGAUUUAAUAGCUUCAAUAAAGACAGUCCUGUGAGCCGCAACAAUUCCUGUCAGGAUAUCAAUGAAUGUCUGUUCAGUCCAUCUAUAUGUGGUUCAGAUUCAAUCUGCUCAAAUCAGUUGGGAAGUUACAAUUGCUCAUGUCUGGAUGGAUUCACUGCAACAAACUCACGUCUCCCCAUCAGCAUCAAUAACACAUGUAGAGAUGUGAAUGAAUGUCUUGAGACACCAGAGGUCUGUGGUCCAAACUCUCGUUGUAAAAACUCAACCGGGAGUUUCAACUGUUCCUGCUUGAGUGGAUUUACUGUAACAAAUAGCAGUGAAGCAGUCAGCACCAGUAACACAUGCAAUGUGACUCUACCUUUGACUGAGUAUCUGAUUGAAAUCCAGAUCAAUAGCAUGGACAGUGGCAUCACUGAUCAGCUGAGGAACCUUCUGAUGUUUUUCAGUUUGCCCUACACAAUCAGUGACAGCACUAACAUUACAGAAAUCAACAUAACUACUGUGUGUUCUCUGAAUGAAACUCAAUAUCAGUGUAAGUGUGAGGGUCUGUUUGUUUGGCCGAAUGACAGGUGUCACUUAUACGAGGCCUGUGAUGACAUCACUGAUGGUUCAUGUACAUGUAUCAAUGCCCUUCCAAUCGACGGACAGUUCUGCCAAGUUCUACCUUCUAAGUACGUGAUUGACAUUGAUGUGAGAUUCUUUGACUCGUUCCUGGUGGACUACUUACGGAAUAUCGUCAGAAAUAUCAGCCUGCCUUUGACUCUGAGAAACAGCAUUAAUAUCACAGAUAUCGACAUGACUACUGUGUGUGGGUUAAAUGGAACAGAAUAUAAGUGCAACUGUGAGCAGAAUCAUGUUUGGCCCAGUGACACCUGCGGGGCCUAUCAGGUGUGUGAUGGCAUUGUGGGAGGCACUUGUGGAUGUAUUCAAGCUCUUCCUUCAGAGGGGCCACUUUGCCAGAGAGAUCCAAACCUCCCUAUAAACAUCAAUAACACAUGUGAAGGUAUGAUUGACAGCUGA